GGACGGUGCGUCCUAGUCCUGCCAGCUGCAGUUGCUCCUCAGUCGGCCUCCCGGAAAGUCACACGAGUUUUCUACGUGUCAUACAGUUUUUGUGCAAGUUACAUGCUCUUACGCAGCUGGGAUUUCUCCUGCCAGUCAACCGUUCAAAAAAAGACAUUCUUUCAGUUUCACUUAUUUAUUUUUUGAAUUUAUUUCCGUCCUGGCAGUGCACAAAUAAGAGGAUAAACUGUCAAGUGUUUUUGAAUGUGACGGAAUUUCUGUUGACAGGAGUGACGGGAGUGUUCCAUCAUCAGCGAGGUCGUGUCACGAGGUGUUUCGUUCGUCCUCAGACGGGAUUUUAUGAGGUUUUGUGCGUUACGCUGGGCUGCGCCGGUGUAAUAUCUCUGUCUGCCUGAUAUUCUACUCUUCAGUGUGUGUUUAUUUUCUGCCGCUUAUUUACGAUACGCGUCCGGUCAUCAUCGAGCCGGCGUGUGCUGUCCAGUGAUGCGACAGUAGCAGAUCUCGUCAUUUUCUCCCAGAAAGAAGAGAGACCGACCCCCAAAAUAGAAGAAUUCAAACACAUUUAUCGCAACAAUGAAGCCUUUCUUCGGUGCCGCAUCGUCCCUUAUCCUUUUAGUUUUGCUGGACUCGACAGCGGCCCAACAGCGGCAGCAACAGCAGCAGCAGAAUCCCCCCACGCAAUCGACGCGCAUCAAUUUCCAGGACCCCAUUAGAGACAAUAAUCAAAGGCCAAAUCUUUUUAAUAACAACAUUGAUCCGUUCUCCCGGCGACCGUUUGGCGUCGGUGACAACGCCAAUGCCAUUUUUGAAGAACCGACGUAUUUCAUCGUGGCCAGUCGGAUCAUCCGGCCCAGUCAAAUUUAUCGAGUGGCUGUCUCCAUUUUGAGUUCGCCCAUCACUCUUUCAGUCCGUGCCUCCAUUUUACGUAACGGCGUCGACAUUGGCUCGGCCACGCAAGAGUGCAAGCCGGGCAUUCCGGAAACCCUCCUCAUUAAAAUUCCAAGCACAACGGUUCCAGGCCAGUACCGACUCCGCGUCGAAGGCAAUACCGAUCGAGCCCUGGGCGGGACCGCUUUUCUUAAUGAGACUCUUCUCAACUUUUCCCAGCGUUCCAUGACGAUUUUCAUCCAAACGGAAAAGCCCGUCUACCACCAAAGUCAAAUCGUGAGAUUCAGGACUAUCCCAAUCAACACGGAGUUGCGUGCAUUCGACGAUGCCGUCGAUGUCUACAUGAUUGAUCCCCGGGGCUUCGUUGUACGCCGCUGGCUCUCUAGACAGUCCAAUUUCGGUGCCGUCAGCUUGGACUACGCCCUGUCUGACCAGCCCACCUUUGGCGAGUGGACCAUCCGCGUGACGGCCCAGGGUCAGACCGAGGAGGAACAUUUCCACGUCGAGGAGUACUACCAGACCCGAUUCGAGGUCAACGUCACGAUGCCGGCCUUUUAUUUCGAUUCCGACGAUUUCAUCCACGGAACUGUCAUGGCCAAUUACACGAGUGGUGCCCCCGUUCGAGGCAAUUUGACCCUUAAGGCCACCUUCAAGCCCAUCCGAGCUACGCCUUUGAUUCCGGACAGGCCGGGCUCGAUUCGCGACUCUGUCAUUGAAAGGAAUCUCACCUUCAAGGAAGUCCGCGGAGGAUGGUUCACGCCACACACCCGCGAGGGAUCUGAAGUCCUCAAAGACUUUCGAGGCUUUUACACGUUCAAAUACCCGAUGGCGGAAUUGCAAAGAAUGGUGCCCAAGCUGGACGGAAUCGAGCUUCGAAUUACGGCCAUCGUGGGCGAUCGCUACCGUGAAGACUACGUCGAAGGGUUCUCGACGGCCCGCAUCUACAACUCGUCUUUGAAACUCAACUUUCUAGGAGGAAGCCCGCAAGUCAUCAAGCCGGCCAUGCCUUUCACUUGCUUCUUGGCCGUGUCGUUCCAUGACGGAUCGAUUUUACCAGCGGAACGAUUUAGAUACGACCGAUUAGAGAUCCGGCCGACGGUGCAGUUCCGCUCGAGUGCUUCACGAACGCUUGAGGUCCGCGAGGCUAAAGCCCUUCCAGAACAGCCGGGCAUUUGGGAGUUUACAAUUGACUUACGGUCUGAACUGGCCCAGACGACUGGCAGCAAUGUCGGGACGGGAGAUAAGCGCGUCAAAGAUUUGGUGAAUGAAAUUAGCGCCCUCAAAUUAAUUGCCAAUUACAAGGACGGGUACGGAGAACGAGCCACUGCCGAGAUGCUGGCCAUCACUCACUAUUCAAUUGGCGACAAACACAUUAAAGUUCUCACUUCAACCAGAAGCCCAAAGGUGGGAGAAUACCUUAUCCUGCACGUGCGGACCAAUUUCUACGCCGAGACGUUCAAUUACAUUGUCGUUUCAAAGGGGAUCGUCCUCGUAACUGGCUCUCAAAGCAGUUCGCCCAGCGUGACGACUCUGUCGAUCCCGCUGAGCGCCGAAAUGGCCCCAGUCGCCACGGUGGUCAUCUACCACGUCGCCAAGUACGGCGAAGUCGUUGCCGACAGUCUCACCAUCCCCGUCAACGGAAUUUCCCGCAACAAUUUCACGCUGACUCUCAAUCCCAUGAAGGACAAGACGGGCGACACUGUCGAAGUGGUCGUGCUCGGAGAUCCUGGCUCCUACGUCGGUAUUUCAGCCAUCGACAAAGGAUUUUUCAACAUGCAGGCUGGAAACGAAUUGAGUUACGCCGAAGUCAUUACCAAAAUGACGUCGUUUGAUGAAUCCCUCAACGGAACUCUGCGCCAUUACUGGACGUCCCGCGAAGGCGACGCCGAGACGGUGGUGAAUUAUCCGGCGUCAACAUUCGGCAUCGAUGCCAAUCGAACGUUCGAAUACGCCUCGCUAGUCGUCUUUACUGACGCUUUCGUUGUCCGUCGUCCGGAUGCUUGUAACAUUACCCUGGGCUUUUUGGCCUGUAUGUCCGGAUCGUGUUACCGAUCCGAGCGCCGCUGCGACGGCCAGUACGAUUGCGAUGACAGAUCCGACGAAGCUGGAUGCCCGUCCAACACUCGCCGGGAGUUGGCCCAGUAUCGCCUCAAGAGGAUCAACCGUCUGCUUCGCAUGUACGAGAACUCUUGGCUGUGGAAGGACAUCAACAUUGGCCCCCACGGCCAUUCCAUCUUCAGCGUCCAGAUCCCUGAAAUCCCCACCCACUGGGUCGUUUCGGCCUUUUCCGUCAGCCCCAAAAACGGAUUCGGUCUCGUCCGAUCUUCCCGCGAAUUCGCCGGUUACCGCCCGUUCUACAUGAACGUUGAAAUGCCGACCAAUUGCCGGCAAGGUGAGCAAGUGGGCAUCCGGAUUACUCUCUUCAAUUACGCCACCAUCGAAGCGGACGUGGUGGUGACGCUGGCCGACUCGCCCGACUACAAGUUCGUUCACGUCGAAGAGUUUGGUGAAGUUAAAUCUUACGAGGCCCGGACAUCUCGCGGAGAAAAGCAACAUCUGACCUGGAUUCCGGCCCAGGGAUCUCAAGUCGUGUACAUCCCCAUUGUCCCGACCAAGCUGGGCGAGAUCGAGGUGACGAUCCAAGCCAAAUCGUUGAUUCGCAAGGAUCAAGUCGUCCGUCGCAUCCGAGUGGAGGCCGACGGUGUUCCGCAAUUCCGCCACACUUCCGUCAUGCUGGACUUGAGUAACCGCGCCUGGUUCUUGCAGUACGUGUACGUCAACGUGACUGAGACGCCCAUCAUUCCGUACGAGAAGGAUCGUUACUACGUUUUCGGUUCCAACCGAGCCAGGGUUUCGGUGGUCGGUGACGUUGUCGGCCCGGCUUUCCCCAACAUGCCCGUCAACGCCACGUCGCUGUUGACUCUGCCGAUGGAUUGCGCCGAGCAGAACAUGUUCAGUUUCGCCGCCAAUCUCUACACCGUCAAGUACAUGCGCCUGACAACACAAAGGAAACGGGAAAUUGAUCGACAGGCCUUUUACCACCUCAAUAUCGGCUAUCAACGUCAGCUGUCGUUCCAGCACAGAGACGGGGCCUUUUCCUAUUUCCGAGCCGAUUGGGAUUAUUCGUCAAAGUCGGUUUGGCUGACGGCCUUCUGCGCCCGCAUUCUGGCCGAAGCCAAUUUCAACGAAUGGGAGAAUUACUUAUACAUCGAUCCUGGGGUCAUCGCAAAGGCCGUUGACUGGAUGAUUCAAUUUCAGUCACCCGAAGGGGCGUUCUACGAAGUGGCGCCCCGUUUUGCCGAUCGCAAAAUGAACAGCACGACGUCGUGGGGCUUCAACGAUCCCAUUCGCUAUCGCAACAUUUCGCUGACGGCACAUGUCGUCAUCGCCCUGACAACAAUUCGUGACUUGCCUGGCGAACUGGGCCCCAGAGUGGCCGUUUCCCGUUCUCGCGCCAUCUCCUGGCUCGAUCGCAAUCUCAACUUGCUGGAAAAGUUUGGCGAUCCCUACGAAGUGGCCAUCGUCGCUUACGCCAUGAUGUUGGCCAAGAGUACGUCAGCCGAGGCGGCCUUUGGCCUUUUGCAACAAAAAGCCCGUGAGGACGGCGGAUUCAAAUAUUGGGGUAGAGAGCCUGUUCCUCUUCCUGCUCAGAGACUUGAAAAUCAACGCCCUUUCCUCCUUCCUCGAUUGCCUAAUGCCUUUGACGCGGCCAACGUCGAAACCACGGCCUAUGCCUUGCUGACAUAUGUUGGCCGUCAGGAGCUUUUCGUCGAACCCAUCGUCAAAUGGAUCAACACCCAAAGGUUGACGGAUGGCGGCUGGGCUUCUACGCAAGACACUAUCAUCGCCACUCAGGCCUUGAUCGAGUACACUGUGCGCCACCGAAUUCGUGAGGUGACAUCGUUGACUCUUCACGUGGAGGCGACGUCCAAUCCGCAAUUGCAGCGGACCAUGUACAUCACGGAAAACAAUUUGGCGACGCCGCAGUUUAUGGACAUACCCAACGCCUGGGGCACGGUGAAAAUCCAGGCUCGCGGAGCCGGUUACGCCAUUGCCCAGCUCUCGUUGCAGUACAACGUGGAUGUCAACCGCUUCGUGACACCUCCGGCUGUGAGGGCUUUCUCUGUCGUGCCCCGUUUAAGUUUUUCGGGUCGCAACAAUUCUCACAUCAAUUAUGACAUUUGCUCGAGCUGGACCAACCAGCGAGAGUCGAAUCAGUCUGGAAUGGCCGUGCUGGACGUUGCCGUCCCUACUGGCUAUUAUAUGCAACAGCAGGUGCUGGAUGAGUACAUUCUGUCUAGGAAAGUGCGCAAUCUCCGACGGGCCAAAUUCCUUGAUCACAAAGUUGUUUUCUAUUUCGACGCCCUGGACGGCGAUGACACUUGCGUGAAAUUUACGUUCGAGCGCUGGCACCCCGUUGCCAACAUGACCCGCUACUUGCCCGUCCGCGUCUACGACUACUACGCUCCCGAACGCUUCAACGAAACAGUCGUGCAGACCUAUGAGCUCUACGUGAUGGACAUUUGUCAGGUUUGCGGGAGCUAUCAGUGCACCUAUUGCCCUACUUACAAUCACGCCACUAGGGGGUUAAUGACAUCAUCGCUCACGAUGAUUGCCGCCCUACUAAUCUCUCUUGUCUUUACGGCCAUCUAUCAAAGAUGAACGAAUUUUUCCUCCUUCUUUUAACGAGAUUAUCCGUGAAAAUUUUUUAAUUGGAUCGAAUCUUCAACAAACCCCCAACCCCCCUUCCAAUGUAUCUCUUUUGACGAUCUUGAAGAUGUUUGCCAGUUGAAUGAUAUGAUGCCGUCCAUACUUUUGUGUCUAGAUUUUUUUCACAAUGUAUAUCAAACUUGAUGCAAUGCGCCCUUCUUUCAUUUUUAUUUUAUUUUAUUAUUUUUUUUACAUAACAAAUGUAUUCGUGCCAUUGUAGUUACUAUCAUGGCGAUGAAAAUUUGCGAGCAGUGUGUAGAGGCUUGUCACCUCUGAUGACCAUUUCUUUUCAAUCACUUCCCUCAUUCUAUAACCUCUUUCAGAACAAAAAAGGAUUCACUUUUUUAUUACCGGCGUCCUGUUUUUAAUUUUUAGCAAAUAGCGAAAUACAGUUUUUGUGACUUUGA